GGCGGGGCGAGUCCCGCGCCAUCCUCUCGCGAGAAGAGAGGCGCGGCACCAGGAAGGGCAUUCCCGGAAGUGCCGUCUGGGGCGCCGGGGGUCGGCUGGGGUCGCCGAGGUUGGAUGCUGACAGCCCUCUCCCCGCCCAGCUCCCCUCUUCUGCCCCAGCCCAGCGGCUUCUGAGGCGGCGGCGCCGCGGUCCGUUCGCCAUGGACGAUACCCUGUUCCAGUUGAAGUUCACAGCAAAACAGUUGGAGAAGCUGGCCAAGAAGGCUGAGAAGGAUUCGAAGGCUGAGCAAGCCAAAGUCAAGAAGGCUCUUCAGCAGAAAAAUGUGGAGUGUGCUCGGGUCUAUGCUGAGAAUGCGAUCCGUAAAAAGAACGAGGGUUUGAACUGGCUUCGGAUGUCUUCUCGUGUGGAUGCAGUGGCCUCCAAGGUCCAGACUGCCGUGACCAUGAAGGGGGUAACUAAGAAUAUGGCUCAGGUGACUAAGGCCCUGGACAAAGCUCUCAAUACCAUGGACCUGCAGAAGGUGUCUGCUGUGAUGGAUAAAUUUGAGCAGCAGGUUCAGAAUCUGGACGUUCACACUUCGGUGAUGGAGGACUCGAUGAGCUCAGCUACCACACUGACCACUCCUCAGGAGCAGGUGGAUAGCCUUAUCGUGCAGAUUGCCGAGGAAAAUGGCCUGGAGGUCAUGGACCAGCUUAGUCAGCUUCCUGAAGGGGCCUCUGCCGUAGGAGAGAGCUCUGUUAGAAGCCAGGAAGACCAGCUAUCUCGAAGGUUGGCGGCCUUGCGGAACUAAACUGUACCUCGGCCUGAUGGACUGCUUUCCCUGCACCGAUCAUGCCCUGGAAGGGAGCGGGAAGGAAGCUGUGUCCUCCAUCCCUCCUACCCUUCCACAGCCUCUUUGAAGAGAAGCAGCCAACUCCUGCUGUUACCCUUGGCCCUGCCCAUCUCUGAUGGCAUUGGAAUCUACCCUUUUCUCUGGGUGCGGAUCUCUGUUUGGGGAGUGAGCUCCUACCAUGCAUUUGUACCUUGUUUCUAUGCCAAUGGACCUCCCCCAGAGCACUGGCAGGGAAGACCCCACUGCAUCACUCGGGCUCGUGUGUUGUCAGCUGUGCUGUUGCUGGAGGGCAGGCAGCACUGUCUGGAUUCUGAUGCCUCCACAGGAAUCUUUCUUUUCUGUACACUUGAAGGAAUACUGACUUGAUUUUAAUGCAGCACUACUUGGUUAUCUUAGGGGCUUUAGGUGAUUAGACUCUUUGGUAUUGCUUCAUUUCCAAUAUAUUGCAUGUCUGGGUCCUAUUCCCAUGUAACAUUGAACCAGUCCCUUGUGGGAAGGGGGGUGAGUGGGGUAGCUUUGGCCAAGGCUGAAUGCACCCAGCAGAUUUCCAUUUUGCAGAUGUUGGUUAAAUCAGACAGAGACUCUGCAGAGGUAGGGGUGUGACAGGAGACCCCGUCCUUCUUGGGCAGUGACUGUAUACAUAAAGAGCUGGCUGCUGAGUGGGCCCUCCAGUGACAGAGAAUGGCCAUGUUGGUGAGCCUGGCUGGGUGGAGAUCAAGUGACCCUUUGAAACCUUCCCUCUCAGUGAGUGGCCUUUUAAGAAGGAACUCUCUGUCUCUCUCCCAGUGUCCCGGGUGUAGACUUCUAGCCCAGUCCAGACUUGUACAAGGAGCUGGAGUUCUCUCAGCUACUUGUUAAGCUGCUUCAUCAGAUGGAUUCCUUCAGUGAACAGCUAGCUCAGCAUUUGGUUUCCGUGCUCUUAGGGACUAGUCUCUUCUUGGGGGCAGGCUGGAGGAGGCAGAUGAAUAGUGACAAUCCCUAACAGACAAGGUAUCCCAGAAAUCCUCAUGCCAUUUUUACGCUGUCGGGCCUAGAUCAGCCCGUUUUGCCAGGUUCCUGCCCCAAUUGGAAUCCAAUAACUUUAAGCAAUUACAGUUUAAGAAUGGCGGUAGGACUUUUGGGACAGCCUGUAUAUAAGCCUUACUAUGCCUGGGUGACGCUUGCCUAGGGAAUUCUGCGAUAGACCCUGAAGAUACUGCAGUGGGGUUUUUAAUCAUUUUUUUAGUCCGCUUUCAGUUUCUCAGAGAGAAGGGUUUGUGGUUUACAUUUCAACUUUACCAAAAAUUGGGUUAUGUUAUUGAUUCGUAAUUAGAAUCUCUGCCAUAGGAUCGAUAGCUAAUGACAUUGUGUUUGCAUGGCCCCGUUCCUCCUCCACAGAUCAAGGAAAGCUCAUGAGCUGAGGGCUCAGGCUGGGCGCCUCAGGAGAACAUUGCCAUUUAUCUAUGGGAGGCUCCUAAUGCCUUCCUGGUGCUUGUGCCAGUUUGUUUAUUUCUUCCUUCUGUUGCAGAUAUGAUUCCUGUCCUCCACCCCCCCACCCCCCAAGUAGUACCUCCAAGCCCCAUCUACUCCCAUGUGUUGUUGGGGCUUGACUUAGGACACAGUGGGCUUGGGAAGGUGGGCUUGGGCAUUAAUCCACCACUGUCAGUGAUAGUAAGACUUUAGGGACUCUCUGCAGCUCUGAACCAUUGGGAGAAAAGCAAAAAAGGUUAGUCAUUGUGCCCUUGAUUUUAUUGUUCUCUCCUCCUCCUCUCCCCCAAAUAGCUCUUUGCAGGUCUGCAGAAAAAAGUGGGAGCCCAAAGUAGUUUUCCAUCUGCUGAAACUUAAUUCAUUUUCUUGAAGCUUCAGGGGUUUUGGGUUUUUUGGUUUUUUUUUUCUUGUUUCUUGUCAGUGUAGAGGGAGCAGGCAGUUUGAGCUAAAUCCUUUUAGCAUUCCCCCCCCCCCCAGCAUGCACAUACCCAGUAAGAUUGGUACUUGGAGAUAAUCACCUUGUGCCUAUACAUGGCCAGCUUUCUCCCCUCCAGUGUAGUCUUCAUCAAGGAUGCCCGUAGAUAGGUCCCAGAUUGUCCGUGCUGUAUAGUAAGGGAACUGUAUAUAUUUUUUUAUGAGUUGUGUAUAGAUGUUUGAAAAUCUUUACUUUUGGUCUUUUACCUUUGAUCUUUGUGGCCUUGGGAGCAUCUGGAUUCAGUGUCAUGAAGAGGCCCCUUUUAAGGAUUUCCUUUGAAGCUUGGAAUAUGGGUGUUGGGUUAGAUCCUGGAGUGGGAGAGAGGCCCAGGAUCCUUCUCUCUUUUGGGCAGCAGGGGGCGGUGCCGUGACUUCAGGCUUGCUUCCUAAGGUGGUGGUGACCUGCUCUUCCCACCAUUGGCUUUGAUCAUGGAUGAAGAGAAUCAAAAGCUCAGUGAUCUAUCCAGUAUUGAUGCUUAUUUUUGGAAACACUUUCCACAGACUCUACAGCCCUCAAGAAUGUAACAUAAAGCAUCCCAAGAGAGAAUUGUAACUGCUGGAAGGGCAGUGUCAGAAGCAUGGAGGAAUCCACAGUGUGGCUGAACUCUACCCUGUUUUAGGUCCUUACAAUCAGGGACCUUCUGGCUUUGCCACCACUGAACAAGUUGAUGAGACUGGCACCUGAGGAUAUUGUGUGUUCUUAUGUUCAUCAAAGGAACAGGCUAAUUUGCCUUAAAACAAUCAAUACUAUUAAUUUCCUACAAUGUCAUUUUAAGUAAACAAAUUAUUAUCCCUGAAAA